AUGGCCUCCUUACUUGAUCUACCAGCCGAGAUUCGCCUGAUGAUAUACACAUGUUUACUCAAACCAAAUGAAUAUGUGAAGAGCUAUCGAAAGCUGAAGGACCCAGAGUCAUCAGCUAAGGGCGGUCCUCUUUGCGCCAUUCCUCGACCUUACGUGAAGCGAUAUACACCAUCUAUUCUCCUCCUCAACAAAAAGAUUGCUACAGAGGCUCUUCACUAUCUAUAUCAAAUACCCCUCAACCUCUACGGCACUCCCAGUACAUAUUUCGCCAUGCGUCAGAUGGAUAUUACAGAAUUCAUCAGCGAACAUUACCUGCAGAGAAUCCAUCAUGGUGUUCUGCGACUAAAUCAUGCCAACAAGCAUUUUGUCCUUUCGAUCCUAGACAUAUGGGGUGCCGAGAAUCGACUAGAACGACUCGAUGUAUAUCGUCCCAAGACCCAGCUUGACAAUCAACACUGGAAAGUUGUAGAAAGCAGGCUCUCGACCUUCUCGAGUGUGGUUCCGGUUGUGUUCCACGAGGUCGAUAAUCCGCUUAAGGUGGAGGCGACCAGGGCCACCUAG